CGAGCGACUCGUCGUCGCAGCAGCAGCAGCAGCUAGUGGGGUACGCACUGCUCUCGUCGUCGGCUGCAGUAUUACAAGUGCGGACGGUGCGUCGACGCCUAUAGACAAUUCCCGGGUCUCGUCGCGGUGUACAUGUAUAUAUAACGAUGUCCGGUGUCUCGAUAGCUCCGCUCGUUCUCAGGUGAGAGAAAGAGAGAGAGAGAGAAAGAAAAGCAGCUCACGGGAUCGGGAAGUUUGAGGGGUAUAUCGGACACGUCGUACCCCAUCAAGAGAGAGCUCGGAAGUGAAAAGAGCCGAGUAGAGUCGGACAUGCAUCAGCGGCAACGGCGGCGGCGCAUCAGUCCUGCGAUAUCGUCCCCUGCGAGGAGCAGACCGCCGUCGUGGAGUCGCUGAUACAUAUCGAAGUAUAUAACGUACCCCAUACACAUAUAACCCCACCACGUGAAAAGGGGAGAGGUUAGGGCGGCGCUCCCUUUGCACGAGAGGAAAAGGGCAGAGAAGAGAGCAUCGAUUGCAGUACGCGUACUCGCUGGGAAAUGGAAAUGCAGCUGCUUCAACUUCUCCGAUUAAUUACCCGCGUAUAAAAAUUCCGCAAAGUUUCACGCCCAAGCGUAUACUUUCCCACGCGAGAGAGUUACUUUCAGAGCGAACGUCUGACCGAAGCGCGACUCUUUCUACUCGUGACCAGACGACGCAGCCGCCGCCGCCGCCGCCGCCGCCGCCGAGGAUGACUACUGCCUAUAACUGAGGACCGGGAGUUCGCUGAGGAGUGAGAGCUGAAGAGAAGAGAAGAGAAGAGAAGAAGAAGAGGGAGAAAGGAAGUUUGUAAUAGUUAGAGAAGAGAUGGCGACACCGCCGGACUCGCCGGGCCCUGAGGAGGCCCUGUUCGAGUUCGAGAGCGCGAGGGCCCGGCAGCAGACGACGCGGCCCGUCGCCCUCGAGGAACUGCAGAGACAGACCAAGUUCUCCCGGCAGGAGAUCCGCGUCAUGUACCGCGGCUUCAAGCAGGAGUGUCCCGAGGGCGUCGUUCACGAGGACUCCUUCAAGGACAUCUACGCCAAGUUCUUCCCCCACGGCAACUCCAGCCUCUAUGCCCACUAUGUGUUCAAAGCGUUCGACGUCAACUGCAACGGCGCCAUAAGUUUCAGGGAUCUGCUGGUGACGCUGUCGACGCUGCUGCGCGGCAGCAUCUACGAGAAGCUGAGGUGGACGUUCAAGUUGUACGACAUCAACGGCGACGGCUGCAUAACCCGGGGCGAGCUCGGGGAAGUGGUGACGGCGGUGCACGAACUGAUGGGACGGAAGCAUCGAGAGACCGAGGAGAGACAGGCGCGCGAACAGCUCGACAGGGUCUUUCGAAAGCUCGACCUCAAUCAGGACGGCGUUAUUACCAUCGAGGAGUUUAUCGAGAGCUGCCUCAAGGACGAAGUAAUCACGCGAUCACUGGCGAUGUUCGACUCGGAGCUCUGAUCUCCGGAGGACGGCGUCGGGCCCGGUUCAGCGAUAACCGGCCCCGGCGCCGUGGGUGGUCCAGGCUCGGACGACCACUUCAACACCGACGGCAGCGGCAGCGGAUUACCGACCGUCGGUAACUACACCGCGGGCGCCUCCGGCAUCGUGUCGGCGCGUACGCAGAUCCUGCCGGGUGCCACGACCUCGUCGAUCGCCACGAUGGCGUUGAACUACAGAGCCGGCGCCGGUCGAGGCCACUUGCCGGCCAGCGAGGUGCUCUCGGCGACGGCCACCUGGUCGACCUUCUCCUCGUCCUCGCCGUCGCCGCCUCCCUACCAGGAGCUUCGCCAGAGGACCAACAACCCCAGCGGACUCGGGGCACCCGCUGCUGCCGGAAGCGGACAACCUGGCACCGGAACCACCGCCACCUCGUCUCUGCUCUGCUAGAGCUGCUCUCCGUUGCAUUGCGCAGUUCGCCAGCGCGGGGGCGCUGCCGCCUCGGGAUUUUUCUCUCCUUCGACGCAGGUGCCGGCGCAAACGACGUGGGAUAAUCGGAAUAAACAAUGUCUUCCCGUGUAUAUCGUAUCGCGAAGAAACAGCUUCUUCGAAUUCGCGCGCGACCGCGAAAUAUCUCUCUUUUGUAAAUAAUCUAAUCGUCGCCGAUGUGUGUGUGUAUACACUGCGCCGAGAGAAUCAUCCGCAGGGGCAGCAGUCGGCCCUCGCUACGCAGAGAGCUGUUUUAACACUGGCGAAACUGGAGCGGGAUGAGUAAUAUAAGAUAGAGAGACAGCGAAUCGAAAUAACAGAGAGAGAGAGAGAGAGAGAGAGAGAGAGAGAAACAGAGAGAAAAGUCGACGGUGCGCGGCGUGAUAUGCGUGUACGUAUAAACGAAGAAUAAAUAACGAUCGCAGGUCCGUAAUACACGUUGUUUACGCGACUUGGCGCGAGCUUGUAAUAACAAACGAGUUUUCUCGACGCCGUUUGCGCUCUUUCUCUCGUCCGCGGUCCAAGAGAGAGCGGGCUGACCCCGCGAUGAUCGACUCAAGUUCGAAAAUGCUUCUGUUAUAUGUAUGCACCGCGAAAACUUACUCUCGCGGCGAAUAUACACAUAUGCACACGGAUGCUAUUUUAUCGAGACAGAAGCGGAGCAGCCAACGAAACGAAUAUCGUAUCUGUACGAAAAAUCGGGACAGGCUGACGAGAGAAAAAGCGGGCGACGCAAGAGCGAAUCGACUAUUUACGCGACAAAAAUAAAUUAAAAAAAAAAAUAAUAAGUACGAUAUAAUAACGUUACGAAGUAUGAUGAAAUGUGCCAAAUCGUUUUAGGAAUUAUUAAGGCGCGACACGUACUAUAUAAGAGAUAAGAAAACAAAACAAAGUUAAAUUAAUAAGAGGACAAUUAUUAAAACUACGUUACAUAUACUACGCGUGGCUGUGAAUCCAAGAGCGUCCAAAACAAAUGUAGUCAAACAAAACUAAAAAGAAGAAUUAAAGAAAAAAAAUCGACGAGAUAACGCGACGAGAGUGCGGGAUGAAUCGAGUCGGACGAGAAACUCGCCGUCAUCAUCAGCGAGAAAUCUCGUAAUUUUCUUCGCGUCGCGUUGUAUAUCAGAAAACGAAAGAGUUUCUCGUCCGCGGAAGUAUACAGGACUCGAGGAAAAUCUUCGCGAUACCCGCUCGCCUCGAGCUGCGAUGCACAGAGAGCUAGAGUUCAGCCGAGAGACUAAUGAAUUUCGCGCGAGCGAGCUUGCAGUGUAUGGAGUCGUAAUCUGCAUAUGAAUCAGAAUUGCGAGCGGAGGAAAUAAGGGAGCUUAUUGCAGGCCGUCACGUGUGCGAGGAGGAGUCGACCUCCGUAUUAACGCGUAAUUAUUCGCUCCUUCGGCGCGCGAUCGCGUAUAAUGUACCUACGAGGAUGUUGUACACACACACACACACACACACACACAAUCUGUUCUUACAACAACAAAAAAGUAUGUAUCUAUAGUUAUGAGGGAGGUUUUAAAUAAAAACAAAGUUAGGUUUUCUUAGCCAGUCUGUUUAGCUCGUGUGUCCCCCGUCGAUUAUAAAUCGUGUUAUCAAUUUUCAGAGUAUCGAUUAAAUAUUACAUGUGUGUGUUUGUAGGCGAGUAUAAGUAACUCUAGCGAGCGUCGCACGUUUUGUAAAUCGAGUUUUGAUUCGCAUCUUAUGGCAAAUUAUGUGUAUAGCGGAAAAAGCGUAAGAAGAAAUCGUAGGAAUAAUUUUAUCACGUACGGAGCCAUAUACUAUAGGAGAACAAAGGGGUAGGCAUCUUCCUCGCAUCGAGGCGUGACCGAUCGAAAUCGACUACAAUUAACGUACGAGUGUUCGCGCGAGUCAGCUUCGAGACUCUGUCAUAGAUAUGUACAACGCUCGCAGAAACUGUUCGCACGAGUAUCGACUGAUCGAUACCUGCUGCAGCAGCAGCACACGAGACUCUAUAUACCGUGUACACAUGCAGCGUGUGUGUCGCCCACGUAUACCUACGCGCGAUUGUUUCUCGUUCUUCGAAAAUCAAACGAGUCUCACCCGUUUUCGUUCCACUUACUUACUAGCAACGCUCGCACGCGAGACACGUUGAAAAAUAAAGCGCCGCGCCGCCCUACAAACACAGUUAUGUGCGUCGAGCGAGAAAUUUCACUGCGAAAGAGAAAGGGAGGAAUUAUUAUAAGCGACGCAGAGAUGAGCAAAAAGUCUCGAGAUGGAGGAGGAUGCGAGGGGAGCGACACUUUAGGCGAUUAGGCGCAGCCACUAGCCAUUCGUACAUAAUUAAUUAUUAAACGAGAGCAAAGAGAGAGAGAGAGAGAGAGAGAGUUAGGAAAGAAACCGAAGAAAAAAAGGAUUGAGCGAGGGAGAAAUUUGAGGAGAUAGAGGAAUUCAUAACUAGAGCGAAUCAAUUUUGUAAAGUUCGUCGUCAGGGUAGCUAGUCGAUUAAGCACGUUAAUUAAUAUUACGAAUCAUUAUUGUAUAUCACAAUUUAUCGAUUAACCGAGCAGCAGAUUUAUCGUUAGACAAUUAGAGAGUUUGUCGAGCGACGUAAUUUUAGGGACUCCGAAAAAAAGAGGACGAUGACGAUGAAGACAUUCCACGGUCACAUACACUUGUUACGUUUAUCUCUAUCUAUCGUUAUUAUAUAAUACUAUCUAAUCUGUAUCGUAAAAGGACUAAGAGACACGAUGUGUGCGUAGGCGAUCUUGUGUGAGAGAGAAAAACAAGUCAUUAUUAUCAAAUCGUAUACGUCGGGGGCGUCGUAUAUUAAAUAGCGAGUCUGUCGUCUAUACGUGUAGGUGAUCGCUCCCGACGCCGAAGUUUGUUUUACACGCAGUAUGUGUUACAUCGCUCUGUUUCAAAUAAUUUACGUAUAGUUGCAGGUCUUUGAGGAAAUCAAAAUAUUUAUAGUUUGUUGUACGAUAGUAAUAAAAAACCGAAUUGUCGGAGUCCGAGUGCAGACGAGGAGAUGGACUCGUAUACCGAUUCAGAAAAGAGACGAGGUUAUUCGACGUCGAUGACAAUGAACAACACCAAGCUAGUUUAAUUAGAAAGAAAUUAACGACACUCGCGUAAAGUAAAUACGAAAAAAAAAUAUAAACAAAAAUCAGCGCUCACACCGAGGAAAAAAAAAACAAGAACACUGCGGCGCGUCGCCUUUGCGCUAAUGAAUCAAUGUAUACACCUUUGCGAUUUUCGAUCGCUGAAGACACUGUGUUUUCUCCUUCUUUGUUAUAAACUUGAUUCUUCAAAACACUCGAAAGUUUGUGUAUACUUCGAUGAACUCACUUGUUAUACUACUUCUUGCAAUGCGCGUUUACUUUGAAAAAUUAUUUAGAGAUCGCGUUCACGGUUCCGAUCUCUACUACACAGAGUCAAGGUACUUUUCACUUCCGACGAGUCUGUUCUCAGCUUUUUUAAUUCGACGCAAAAGAGUGGAUAUCUUUUAAUACACGCGGACACAUUUUUACACGUACCUCAAAGUUGUUCGAAAAUCCAACAUCCUGUACGCUUAAGAAACGUGAAAUUUUAUCGCUGCUCUCUCUCUCUUACUUUGUCAAAGAGAAAAGACAGUCGAUGAUUGAUUCGAGCGUCUUGUGCAGGCAAUUCGAGGGGACGAGACAGUCCACUCGUAUAAAUUAGGAAAUCAUGCGCAUACAAACAGGCGCGUCGUCAAGGUUCCGUCGCCCUUGGCGACCGAUCCACGUGUUUUUUUUUUCGAUCAAACUGUCGUUUUCUUUGAGAUCAUAAUUUUGCUGUAUAAUUCUCAACGACUCGAUCUUUAAAAUUUUUUUCUCAUUUCUUUCUUAUUCACCCACCCGCGCGACACACACACACAUACUCCACUCGCAUAGAUGCUCGGACGCGUCCUCGCCGAGACUCGAGCCUCUUUAAUUCUUCUCUCGAGCACUUUCGCGCGCUUUUCCGCCGUCAUUGUGUUCCCGAGCGCGAUACACGUCAUAUUCCCGGGGAUUCUUUCGUACUGUACCUUUUACAUAUAUAUAUAUAUAAAUAUAUGCUCACCUUCUCGCGCGAGUACUUUUUCGCUCGACGACGAGGAGGGAUUUUACGACAGAUUUUCUACACACAAAAAUAAAAAAGAACACUUUGUCGACACUGUUUACAAAUUUCUUUCGACGAUGCGAAUCUGUAUGUCUCACACGAUAUUAUUAUCGUUAAUCCGGGUGCGAUGAUCGAGGGAUUUUAUUAUUCUUGAAAAUUCGGACACUGUUGAUUAUUAGGGGAAUGUGCAACUCACUGAUGUUAUAUACCGUAUAUAUACACUUUUAAAUCUCCGAUGUUUAGCGAGUCGUGUCGAAGUAUUAAUACCGUUGUGUAUAGUAUUAGUUUGUGAUAAUUAACGGAUAUCGGUUGUCUUAGGAGAAGCUAUUUUUAAAUCUGAAAAUGGUCAAAUUUUUAACGCUUCGAGAUGAGAGUCUAAAUAAGAGAUUAUAACGCACUGUUUAGGCUUGAAGAGUGUAAGCUUUGUCUCGGCUCUACCGCUGCGUUUUCGCGUUUACAAAAGUAUAAAAAAAGCACCGUAGCGAAGAAAAGUGUAGAUCUAGCUUACUCUCCGAAGUAAAGUUUAGAGACGACGCACGAGUGAAGACAAAAAUCAGGCAUCAUUUUCUGAGUAAAUGAAACGAUUUUUUCUGUUCUAAAUCAUUUCCUCGGUUUUUCUUCGAGUCAAUAUUUACGUAUGGAAGUCGUAGGAUAAACGAGUCAGAAAAGAGAAUAAUAUAUAAUGCAAACUGAGAAAGACACACGCUUACUGCCAAAACGAUGAAAAGCUUGAAACGUGAAUGGUCGCUAAACUUACGUCGAAUUUUUGUCAGAAAAAUUAAAACGAGAAGCUAUAGUAUAACUUUAUAAAUCGAUAUAAACUUUCUAAAUGAGUGUAAACGCGCAACUAAACGAAGCAAAGUUAAAUAAAGUUAAAUAACUAAAAAAACAACAACAACAACAACAACAAUUUUACAAGAUACAGCUUUGCAAGUGCUUCGCGACUUUUUCGAUUUUAAACUCCCACGUAUAAACAAACGUAUUGAGAAAAUUUAACGUAACCUGGCCGUUCCUCCGUUUCGCGGAACGAUCCAGAACUACAAAGGCUUCGAUUCAGCGGAACUAAAUACAAAAGAAGAUACAAAAAAUGCAUGCAUAAGAAGCGAAGGUUGAAGAGAAGAAGUUUGCUUCGGAAGGAACACCCGACGCAGUAUUGUUUUUUCGCAAUAAACGAUAUUUUAACCCAGAGAUAGGAGCUUAUAUGAAAUUCAUUAUAUGAAAAAUAACAAUAUGUGAAAAACAUUCGAUUUCGUACCUGAUUGAUAAUUUUAAUUACCUAAUUUUAAGCUACUUUUGUAUAUCUGUAAAGCUGAAAGAAAAACACUGUGUAAUCAAGCUCGUUGGCCCGAUUCUCGCGCACGUCGCCUCCAAAUUCAAAGCAAUAAGUAACGAUUACAAUAAUAUAAUCUCUAAAGAAAAUGUCCACCUGUCGAUAUAUAUGCCUCUUCGAAUCUAUAUAAAUGUAUAAUCAGAAAAGCCCGUCGCGAGAGAAUCGGCGCAACGGCCCGUCGUCGAUCUCAGCUGCAUCAUUCCCUCGAUAUAUCGUCUCUAUAUUGUAAACCGCGGUAUACUUUCAUUUCCAAGCGCCUCGUGUAUUAUAAAACAAAAAGCGAGAAAAAAAGCCAGGAGCCCGAUAGCGAUCAAAGCAAUUGUUCCCCCGGCGACACGUCGUGUCGUCCGCCAAGUUAUUCUAAAAAAAAAAAAAUAAAGAGGAAUAAAACGACGAUGAUGACGAAGGACAGGAUCGUUCUCGUGUGUGUGUGUGUGUGUGAAUGAGAGAGAGAGAGAGAGAGAGAGAGAAAGUAUGUAAGCGGUUAUUAUGUGGCGUGUGAGAUUGCAUCGAAAAAUUCGACGAGACGCGAGAGAGGGCGAGAUAACGUUUUCCACACGACGAGGUGGUAAUAUCAAUAAAUGUUAAUGACAUUCAA